CCCAAGUAUUUUCAGCCCCAGCCGGCCACAGGGCUCAGAUCUCCUCCUGUGGAUCCCCCCAGCUCCGCGAUGAUGGCAGAAGAGCACACAGACCUCGAGGCCCAGAUCGUCAAGGAUAUCCACUGCAAGGAGAUUGACCUGGUGAACCGAGACCCCAAGAACAUUAACGAGGACAUUGUCAAGGUGGAUUUCGAAGACGUGAUUGCAGAGCCCGUGGGCACCUACAGCUUUGACGGCGUGUGGAAGGUGAGCUACACCACCUUCACCGUCUCCAAGUACUGGUGCUACCGCCUGUUGUCCACGCUGCUGGGCGUCCCACUGGCCCUGCUCUGGGGCUUCCUGUUUGCCUGCAUCUCCUUCUGCCACAUCUGGGCGGUGGUGCCGUGCAUUAAGAGCUAUCUGAUCGAGAUCCAGUGCAUCAGCCACAUCUACUCACUCUGCAUCCGCACCUUCUGCAACCCACUCUUCGCGGCCCUGGGCCAGGUCUGCAGCAGCAUCAAGGUGGUGCUGCGGAAGGAGGUCUAAAGCCAGGGACUGCUCCAUACCCCAUGAUGGAGCACACAGUGUAGGGAAGCCAGAAAGAAAAGACAGCCCAGCCACGGAAGCACAGUGGCCCUUCGCUCUCCCCCAGCCCCACCACGAUGCCCCUAUGCCUGGGCGUGAGGGAAGAUCAUUUGCUAAGAGGCAGCUACUGCAAGUCUUUGCGUUCACUUGUACUGUAACAACAUAAACCAGCACGUGGUUCCCACCCGGGGCCAACCUGUCCACGUGCACUCAGGAAAGUGACCAAUGACCAUUGGCGUUAGGAGGGUGGCUCCAAUAAAGGGUUUUGGCUGCAUUUGGGGAAUGCUGCAUUUUAUUCGUGCCUGUAAGAUUGGUUUGUGUCCUGACCAGCUCCAAAAAUAUACUUCACUGCCCUGAAAAACAGACACAGGGAAAGUUGGUUGUCUCUUCACCUGGCCAAAUUCAAGUGAAGAACAGAGUCUUUUUCUUCUUUGGAUUCUAUUGUUUUCUGGAAUUGUACAUGUUCCUUGGGAGAUCAUGUUUAAGUGACUCCUGUUGCCUGAGCCCAAUAAUGGGCACCAAUGGAGGAAAAUGACCCUUGGGCUGGCAGGGGCAGUGACCCUCCCAGGGUACCACUGAGGUCAGGGCCUGGGUUCAAGCCUCCCUGAACCUCCCCUUUGGCUAACCGAGCCCCUGAAAUGCCCAGCACUGCCAUUUGACAUGAGGGUAGCUUUGGCCUCAAGAGAUAUGAUGAAGGAACAAGGUCUAAUCUGUGCAUGUGUGGACUCACUAUGGGAAUAAAAUACA